GCCGAAUAAAUGCGCUAUUAGGCAUCUUGUCGGUGUGAUUGUGUGUUACAGAGGUAUUUGAUUUUCAAACAGUCAAUUCUUAACCUUACAAAUUAGCUACAAGUUUAGCCUAGGCCUAGUUCAAUUUGGGCAGAACAUUGAUUCUUGGAAAAUCUGGGUCUAGUCUAUAGGCCCUAAAAGGUCCUGAAAAUCACAAAAUAUAAAUCACACUCUAUCACCACCAGUGCCAUAAAGAUUGAUUUAGAAAUACGUUUUGGGUUCAUACAAGGAACUUAAUAUCUCAACUUAGGCAAAGUGCAAACCAAAUCCAUUUGUUUUCGACCAAUCUAAAUGACUUGGAGAUGAUAAUGAUGCUACUUCGAACGAGGGAGAUGAUUAAGGAGUAACCAUCAUCGUUGGAGAUGAACAGGCGCAAGCAGUGAUGGAGGAUUUACCAGCGGAGUUGAUAGAAGAAAUUGCGAAGUAUUUAUCAUAUGAAGAUGUUUUAAACUGUUCUCAUGUCAGUACCAUUUGGGAAAACACUUUUAAUUUGGACCGAGUGUGGAGAAGAUUUUGCACCCUUAAUCCUAACUAUUUUCUGAAAAAAAUAAGUAAGUUAUCAUAUCCUUUGAAUAAUAACACCUCAAUUUCAGCAGAACCUUGCCAGUUCAAAGAGUUAUUUCUCAAAGAGCAGUUUGUUAAAGAAAACUUGUUUACUGAAAAAUAUCAUGUUGAAGAAAUUGAUCUUUAUAAACAGUACGUCGAUUGUGUUAGGGAAUCAGUGGAUGACAGAGGUAACCAUUGGUUGUUCCUUUCACUUAUGGAUGGAAGAAUCUCCAGAAAUGAACACAAAAUCAAAGUCUAUAAAAUAAACGAUAAUGCAGUCUUACAAUCCAUAUCCAUUACACCUCAGGGGAAAACUACCAGAAACCUCAACACGGAACUGGAACAUCACAAUGAAAAACUGUUUUAUAUCGUCGAUCAUGUUGUUUUAAUUCACAACUUUGCUAACCCUGAAUAUGAACUUAAGUACACUUCAUACGUAGAGUUCUCAAAACCACCUAACUCAUUUUAUUCACUUAAAAUGCUUUGUCCCAAGAGUCUCAUUGCUGGGUUUUUAUACACAAACCACCAUGUCCUGCAGGAGUUAAGUCCGUCGUACAGGGUUUGGAAUGAGGACGGAAUUCCUAUAUGUGAUAAUUUGGAAAGUUUUCAUCCUUUGAAUGAAAUCACAAGCACUAGUUUCCCUCUGUUGACCGCCAAACAUAACAAUACCAACACCAUAGUGAUUUAUUAUCAAUACACAAUAAAUACAAAAGAAUUCUUCACCUUAAAAUUAUUUGAUAACAAAGUUCUUGAAUACAGAGAUUUUUCAAUUAAAAGAAGGGGAUUUAUAUACGAGUUAAGAGUCUUGAGAAAUUUCAUAAUUGUGUUGUUUGGGGUCAAAGACCCGCAUCAUAUAUACCACAAAGGUUGCAUCAUUACCAUAGACAUGAAAAGUGGGAAGGAGAUAUACUCGUGUGCUUUAACCAACAUGAAGAUAGAUAUUAGAAAAAUUAAAAUAACACCAAGUGGCAAGUUUUUUACAGUCAAUAAAAAGACACUCACAGUUUACGAGGUCACCGACUUCUGUCUGAAUCUAGUUUUUACUGUAGAUUUUAAAAGAGACGACGUUACGGUCAGUGCUUUAGGAUGUGACUACAUAGUUGUUCCGUCUGGCAAUGAAGAUAAUGAAUUUAUUUUGUACCACUUGGAGACUGGUAACAGCAGCAAAAUCAGGCUUCCUCUAAGACAGAAUAUGCCAGGGGCUCUGAUUCCUGGUAAAAUGUUGAAUUUUUACUGUGAAGAAGGAAACCAGGUCGCUUUAAAUUUUGUUGCCCACACAGAUCCAUCCUUCAUGUAUCCUCGUAGUUUGUCAAGAGAAACCAGAAACUACGUUUAUAUUAUAAGUUUUUGGUAGUUUAUGAUUCAAGAUUGAGUCAAUCAAUAUCAAUGUUUGUUAAUAACAUUGCUCUUACCUGAACAAAUUCUCUUUCCUACUAAGAAAAACGUAAAAUAUUUUUCAAGUAAACCUGACUAUAACAAAGAGAUUUUGUGAAUUUCUAGUUUUUAUCGUUAGAAAGGAUUUAUAACCUUGUGCGAACUCUUAGAUUUAUAACAAAACUUCCAGUUUUAUCUAUGUAUUUUAUUUAAGCUAUAUUUGUCUAACGUGUUUAGUAUGUUAGCUUGAAGAUUUUAUGGGAAUUGACUUCAGAAUAAUCACCUUUUUCUUUUAAAACCGUUGAAAGGUUAAAAUGCCUGGUACUGCCUUGUUUUUAUUUAUUUUUUAAGAGGUAGGUGGCCUCUCACCCCUUGCAUUUGUCCGUCCACAUAUGCUAUGGACCUGUGGGUGAAAUGAAAGCAUAGGGUGAGCUGAUACAGUACAAGGGUGAUAAAAAGUAGUGGCAGUGAUCGAACCCGUACAAUUAUUUGUUGUCUGUGACAACCAUGAGUCACCUACUAACCUAUUAUGAUUCCUCCUUGAACAGACUAAGCGUUUCGAUGCUGUAGAUAUGCCAUCGUCAGGCUGCACAAAACUUUAAAAUUCAAAUCAUUUUUGAGAUGUCUGUCAAAAUUUUUGGAAAACACAAAACCUUAAGAAGGGAAGAAAAUCUGUAGGCCUACAUCAACUUUUGUGCACUUGACAAUUUCCGAGUCUCAGUGGUGUAGUCGUAAAUCUUCCUCUACAAGAACACUAACCAUCUUUUGGGGAAAAACAUGGGUUGCCAAUUAAUAUUGGAGUUUUGGAAAAAUCUAAGUGGUAACACUGUUCAGAUUUUGUACCCGCUCCACUACAUCACUGCCAAGUCUCGACUUAACCGUCAUGUGCACACUAUGUUAUGUACUUUUAGUUUUUCGUUCUCUUCUUAAUGUUUUGUUUGCUUCUUGCAAACUUAGAUGUGACAAUCUCAACAAUGGUAUAAUCUUUUCAAGUUUUUUUCGACCUGAUGAUGAUGUUUCAUCAACAUUGAAAUACGUAGUCCGUUCAAGGUGCAUAGGAAUCACAAGGUAGUACCAGGUAUUUUAACCUUUUUACAGUUUUGUCUACGUGAUUCUGGAUAAAAACACAGUAAGAAGUUAUCUGUUUAGCUUGUUUGUGUUAGAAAAACGUAAUAAUGUGAUAUGUAUUUUUUGUCUAUCUGUUUAAAAUGAAUGUGCCCCUAUGUGAAAAAGAUAUUGCAUUAUUAGUGUUGAUUUAAUUUUAAUAUAAUGGAGUUAUCUAUCUUUACCGACAAAUAGUAUUUUUAUGUGACUGAUUAACUAAAAGUCUGCUUAUAAACUUAACAUGUAAAAUUACUAGAUUACUUUUGGAAAUUCAUUAAUACUGUUCUCUAGAAAACAAAUAUCCAACUCUUUUAUAAUGUUCCUAAUCAAAUACUCUGGAUCUAACUUAGCAUGUGCAAGACUAAGAGUUUUUUUUUACAGCUCUUAGGGUAAAAACACAGUGGAGCAGGGCAGGUAGCUGGUAGCCUGGCUUGUCGCUUACUCGCUUAACUGCUGGUUACCUGGAGGGUAGCUGGGACAUACACACAGUGGCGCUCAGUACAGUCGCUUGUCAGCCGCCGAUACUAAUAUUAUCACUUAUAAUAUUAGUGGUAUAGGAUAAACUUUUGUUUGAAUCCUAGUUCAUUCGCUAUUUCAUUCUACAGAUCGUUGAGUACGUGACGUUUGUGGUGGUCCGGAUGGGCUUGGUUCCAUAAAGGCACACGGAUAACCUCUGAUAUUAAUUUGUCUACGUCCAUUAUUUUAUUUAAUGUAAACAAAACAACAUCCAAAUAAAUCAACUAAACAAACUACAAACAACACUCCGUAUACAAAAAAUGCGCAGUGAAAGAUCCUGCGUGGAACUUGCGAACUCGAGAACACGUGGCUGUCAAGUUCUGCUAUUUGCGCAUGCCCCAGUCGAGCCUUCCCCGCUUGAAGCUCCCAAACAAUCGACUUGGCAAUUCUUCUAGCUUGCCGCCUAGCUUACUGCUACCAUGUCAGCUACCUGCUAGGCGCGACUGUGUGCGUACCCAUAACAACACGUGCUUUAAUUCUACAUCGCAGUAAGCGAGUAAGCGACCAGCCAGGCUACCGGCUACCUGCCCUGCUCCACUGUGUUUUUACCCUUAGACAGUUACAACAUAUUCUUAUAGGCAUUUAUGGGAAUGUAUUGGUGUUUUGGACACACAUUCACUGUUUAAACACUCUAAAUUCUAUAAAAAAUUACAACUGCCUUUGAUUUACUUUAUUCAUAUUCAAAUAAAAAAGUAAAGUAUUGGUAUACUUUUAAGAUUAUAAUACAUGAUACCGUUGGAUAUUUGUUAGUACUCGGUAGGCUAAUAAAUUGAGUUUCAAAUUGGAACCCUAAAUGUACGUAUAUUAUGUAAAAAAUGGGCCAAUUGUGUGUAAACCUUUGGAUAAUUUAGUUCCUAUUUGUACAUCAAUAAGAAAAUUUUUUUCUGCCAAAUUCUCUAUCUUAAAUGAGUGCAGGCCACAAACUUAAUAAAUAUAUACUUAAUAAAUGUAUACCAAAACUCGCCGAAAUGUUUUCCAAACUUUUGAGAUAGCGGUGUUUUUUAUAUCUUGUAAAUGCCAUGUACGAGGCAUGUUUU